UGUGCAGUACAGUAGCUCUCUUGCUUCGUAGAGCGGCACUUCGUCACUUUCGCAUCCGUGCGAAAUCCCGAACGAACAAGUGGAGCGAGCCGCGUCGCCAUCUUUAGGAACGGUACCGACUGUCUCUGCUACCGCCGCCUGCUUCGUUUUAAGAGCUUAAAAUCAAUCCGCGAUUAUAGUAAAAGAAUUUUGUGUGUUAGUGCGAUAACGCGUAAUUUAUUUUCUAUCGCGAGAAGACGCGAUACACAUUUAUUCGUGAUGUUCAUUUAAUACGUUCAAAAUUUGUGUGUGCGUACUGUGCAAGUUGAGCAGACGACAUUUCGCAAGUAUUUCAAGGGUUGAGAGCGAUCGAAACCGACGUUGUUUUCUCGCUUUAUCGACCCUUGUUUAAACUAUUGUUUCUGACCUGCAAUUUUGUCAUUCGGUUCCUAUUAUUUUGAGAACUAGUGUUUAGUGUUUUGAUUUGUCAAAGAAAGACAAACACAUCGGAAAAAGACGUUUGUAGUGCAUGAGAAUACAAGUCAAAGUAGAAAUAAAAAGAGAAGGAUAAGAAAAGAAAGACUGAGACAGCUCUAGUAGACGACGACAACGACGGGCUAGUACGAUUGACAGGAAAGAUGGCGCGAGGUGCGGACGAGGAUUAAUGCUGACCCAUUUUUCCGCGCGAAAUCGCUCGGUCUUACUUUGUCAUACAAUUAAGGAACUACUAAGUUUCGAACCGAGUGUGAAAAAUUGCGGUUAAGUGAAUUGAAUUAAAAAAAAGAAAGGGAUAGUCCGCUAUCGGUACGAGUGUAUCCAUCGUGCAGUGUGCGCGUGUGCCCAGUUCUUGCAUAAGUGUGAGUGCCCUCUCGGACGUACAGGUCUCAUAGGGCCAGCAUCGACGAGUAUUGGAUAAAGACUAUUGAAGACCGUCGGUGACAAUAAAAGUGAGUAUAAUAAAGGGAAACAUAGGAAAUAGUAACAAUUUCGAAAAGACUGGAGUUUGGUGGGGCCUUGAUAGGCUCAGCUACGGAAGAGGACAAACGAAAACGAAAACGAAGACGCGGUCUUCUGGAACUUCUCGAGCUGUAUAGAGCCCUGGCAGGCUCGGGUACAAGCGCGGCUGCUAAGAUGGGCAACAAUGCCGCGACUGCAAACAAAAAGGUUGACGCUGCUGAGAGCGUCAAGGAGUUUCUUGACAAGGCAAAGAAAGAGUUCGAGGACAAGUGGAAAAGAAACCCGACGAACACUGCUGGUCUCGAUGAUUUCGAGCGGAUCAAGACACUCGGUACUGGCUCGUUCGGUCGUGUCAUGAUAGUGCAACACAAACCAACUGGGGAAUAUUACGCUAUGAAGAUACUCGAUAAGCAAAAAGUCGUGAAACUUAAGCAAGUCGAACACACGCUUAAUGAAAAAAGAAUACUGCAAGCGAUUAGCUUUCCAUUUUUGGUCUCCUUGCGAUUUCACUUCAAGGAUAAUUCUUACCUUUACAUGGUCCUCGAAUAUGUGCCGGGAGGCGAAAUGUUCAGUCAUCUACGAAAGGUUGGUCGUUUCUCGGAACCACACUCGCGCUUUUACGCGGCACAAAUCGUAUUAGCGUUUGAGUACCUUCACUACCUCGACUUAAUCUAUAGGGACCUCAAGCCAGAAAAUCUGUUAAUCGAUUCACAAGGCUAUUUAAAAGUUACAGAUUUUGGUUUCGCUAAAAGGGUACAGGGUAGAACAUGGACCUUGUGCGGUACGCCAGAAUAUCUCGCGCCUGAAAUAAUUCUCAGCAAAGGUUAUAAUAAAGCUGUAGAUUGGUGGGCGCUUGGUGUGCUUGUCUAUGAGAUGGCUGCCGGUUAUCCACCGUUCUUUGCUGAUCAACCAAUUCAAAUUUAUGAGAAGAUCGUUAGCGGAAAACCACGAUUUCCCUCGCAUUUCGGAUCCGACUUGAAAGACUUACUACGUAAUUUGCUACAAGUUGAUCUUACUAAAAGGUAUGGGAACUUGAAGGCUGGUGUAAACGAUAUCAAGGGUCACAAGUGGUUCGCCAGUACCGAUUGGAUAGCUGUCUUCCAAAAGAAAAUCGAAGCCCCAUUCAUACCAAAAUGUAAAGGGCCAGGAGACACAAGCAAUUUCGACGACUAUGAGGAGGAGACACUCAGGAUUUCAUUGACGGAGAAGUGCGCCAAGGAAUUCGCCGAAUUUUGAAUUCCAUAUUGAUUCAAGAUGGAUAUAUGUGUCGUGUAUGCAUUCAUAUGCGAUGGUUUGUCGCUCAUUGCUCGCUUUUCUUCGAGCGAAAAAGAUAGAUGAAGUAAGAGAGAGACAGUAAUAUUAGGAAAGAGUAAGAGAAAGAGAGCGAAAGAGAAAGAGAGAGAAUGUAAGAAAGAUAGUAUAAACGAAAGAAUGUAUUAUAUGUAUGUAAGAUGGGAAGAAAGCGUGUACGUGUGUGUGCAUGCGCAUGUAUGAUUGUGUGCGUUUGCGAGUACGCUCGGUACAAUGAUGUACAGAAGAAAGAUGGUUUAGAAGAGUGACCAAAAAGAAAAAAAAAGUAAGGAAGAUAAAUAUAUAAAAAACAGAUGGCAGAUUUUGCGAUUUAUUUUGUGAUCGAACUUCUGAAGAGAAUGGAAAUGGAAAGGGUAAUAUACAAAGAAAAUACGGUGAAUCCUGCCGUUCAAUCGAUAAAAAGAGAGGGAGCAUAAGAGAAAAACAAACAGAUAUAAUAUAUUGAAAAAAAUUACAAUAUAUUACAUUAACAGAUAUCAUAUAUAAAUACAUAUAGACAUACGCGUACACUCACACACAUCACAACUCUCAUCGGUAUCGUCAUUAUACCAUCAUAAAUUUUUACACAAGAAAGAUUUUUUUUUCUUUUUUUUUUCUUUCUUUCUUUCUUUCUUUUUUUUUUUUUUUCUUCUCUCCAAUCAUCAAAUACAUAACUGACAUAUUGAGAUAUGAGGGUGACGAUAUAUAAUAUAUACGUAUAUGUGUGUGUUCCCUAAGAUGGCUUUAUUAUCCGGUUUAGCGGAGAAGGCGGGUGUAAAGAUUGCUCUCGAUAAUUAUUAUUAGUAUUGAAAAAAACAUCAUUUUUGCCAGAAUUAUUUUGUACAUAUAGUGUUGCUAUAUACUCUUUAUAAAUGUUCCCCGAUCCUCUUUUACACCACGCCCCUCUUCUCCACCAUUCUGCCUCUUUUAGCACAUACAAAAAAAAAAAAAGAA